AUGUUCGGCACGCGCAUCCUCUCCGCGCUUCUCUUGGUGGCAUCUGUUGCAGCAAAUAUCUACCCUACGCGUCCUAUAGCAAAUACUAUCUUCAGCGCCGGUCGCUCAAGCAGCGUAACGUGGAUCAAUGACAGGUCUCAUCCAUCUGUGCAAGACAUGGGGCCGAUAAGCAUAGAACUUUAUGUUGCAGGUGACACGCAUGUUGCCACCCUUUCGAAGAAUGUUCAACCAACCAGCCGUUCCAACAAAGUCUGGAUUUCACCCACAUGGGGACACAACGGCUCUGACUAUCACAUACGCUUCAUAUGCGAUGACCCCCCGCUUACGGUCUACACCGCCGACUUCACUAUCACGAUGAUGUCUGACAUGACUCCCUACACUGGGUUGGAAGCACCCCGUGCGGACGAGGGGAGCACUAGCGUCUCCAUUGCUCUUCCUAGCAUCUCCACUAGCCCUUCCGCAUCGCCAUCCUCAAGCACCACCACGGGCGCUUCCGCAACGACCAUGCAGAACCCGUAUGCUGAUAAGAAGAAGACUGGCGCAGGAGGCGGUAACCUCUGGCGACGGACAUCGGUGGACCUCGAGCGCGCGAAGUUCCGCUUAGUGUUCAUCCUCUGGCCCGUGCUCAUCGGGAUCACUAUGGCGCUCUAA